AUGAGGACCCUGGAGCUUACUAAUAUCUCUGGGUUUGUGAGUGAGUUCAUUCUCCUGGGCUUUCCCUGUCACAGAGACAUCCAGAACCUCCUCUUUGUGCUCUUCUCCUUCGUUUACGUUCUGACCCUCCUGGGAAACACAUCCAUCAUCUGUGCUGUGUGGUCAAGCAGGAAACUCCACACCCCCAUGUACAUCCUCCUAGCUAACUUCUCCUUCCUGGAGAUCUGCUAUGUCAGUUCUGAUGUGCCCAAAAUGUUAGCUAAUAUCAUCUCCCAGACCAAGAGCAUCUCCUAUGCUGGUUGCUUGCUCCAGUUUUACUUCUUCUUCUCCAUGUGUGCCGCCGAGUGCUUAUUUCUGUCAGUGAUGUCUUUUGAUCGAUUUCUUGCCAUUUGUAGACCUUUGCACUAUCCUGCUAUCAUGACCUAUCACCUGUGUGCUAGGUUAGUGGUCUUCUGCUGGGCAGGUGGCUUUCUCUGGUUAUUGACUCCCUUGACUCUAAUAUCUCAGGUGCCCUUCUGUGGUCCAAACAUCAUUGACCAUUUUCUCUGUGAUCUGGCACCUUUGCUGGCAUUGUCUUGUGCUCCAGUAUCUGGAAUCACUCUCAUCUGCGGUAUCAUUAGCUCCCUCAUCAUCUUUCUCACCUUCCUGUACAUCCUUGGCACUUACUUCUGUGUACUAAGUGUGGUGCUACAGGUGCCUUCUGGCUCAGGAAGGCAUAAAGCUUUCUCUACUUGUGCAUCCCACCUUGCUGUGGUGUCUCUGUUCUAUGGCUCGGUCAUGGUGAUGUACAUUAGCCCAGGUUCUGGAGACUACCCUGGUAUGCAGAAAUUUGUGACUUUGUUCUAUGCAUUGGCAACCCCACUCUUCAACCCCUUUAUCUACAACUUCCAAAACAAAGAUAUGAAGGAUGCACUAAAGAAAAUUCUGAGUGUGUUGUGA